CGCGCUCGGCACAGAAUCGAGUGCCACUGCACGCUGCAAACUAAAAUCUGAGGCUGGACUCUGUCAAUCCGCAUCCGCGAAGCCCGUGGCAGUGCCCCUUCUUCACCAACCUCGUCGCUCCUGCCGCCCCCGCUAAGGGCAAGACCCGCUUAUUUAGCACCCACCGACACUUGCCUCUCUUUGCACAGAACACACCUACCACAUCACCUCUACCCGCAACCUCGACCUCGAUCGAAUCUCUCUACCUCCAAACCUUACACCCUAUCUAAUCCGUCAACAUGGAAGAGGAAGUCGCGGCUCUCGUCAUCGACAAUGGUUCGGGUAUGUGCAAGGCCGGUUUCGCCGGUGACGAUGCGCCCCGAGCAGUCUUCCCCUCCAUUGUCGGCCGACCGCGCCACCAUGGUAUCAUGAUUGGUAUGGGCCAGAAGGACUCCUACGUCGGUGAUGAGGCACAGUCGAAGCGUGGUAUCCUCACGCUCCGAUACCCCAUCGAGCACGGUGUGGUUACCAACUGGGACGACAUGGAGAAGAUUUGGCACCACACCUUCUACAACGAGCUGCGUGUUGCCCCCGAGGAACACCCCGUCCUGCUCACCGAGGCUCCCAUCAACCCCAAGUCCAACCGUGAGAAGAUGACCCAGAUCGUCUUCGAGACCUUCAACGCUCCUGCGUUCUACGUCUCCAUCCAGGCCGUCCUGUCCCUGUACGCCUCCGGUCGUACCACUGGUAUCGUGCUUGACUCCGGUGACGGUGUCACUCACGUUGUCCCCAUCUACGAGGGUUUCGCUCUUCCCCACGCCAUCUCCCGUGUCGACAUGGCUGGUCGUGACUUGACCGACUACCUCAUGAAGAUCCUUGCCGAGCGCGGUUACACUUUCUCCACCACUGCCGAGCGCGAAAUCGUCCGUGACAUCAAGGAGAAGCUUUGCUACGUUGCUCUUGACUUCGAGCAGGAGAUCCAGACUGCCAGCCAGUCCUCCAGCUUGGAGAAGUCGUACGAGCUUCCUGACGGUCAGGUCAUCACCAUUGGCAAUGAGCGCUUCCGUGCUCCUGAGGCUCUCUUCCAGCCUUCUGUCCUUGGUCUUGAGAGCGGCGGUAUCCACGUCACCACCUUCAACUCCAUCAUGAAGUGCGAUGUCGACGUCAGGAAAGACCUGUACGGCAACAUUGUCAUGUCUGGUGGAACCACCAUGUACCCCGGUAUCUCCGACCGUAUGCAGAAGGAAAUCACCGCCCUUGCACCCUCAUCCAUGAAGGUCAAGAUCAUCGCUCCCCCGGAGCGCAAGUACUCCGUCUGGAUCGGUGGUUCCAUCUUGGCCUCGCUCUCCACCUUCCAGCAGAUGUGGAUCUCAAAGCAGGAGUACGACGAGAGCGGUCCCUCGAUCGUUCACCGCAAGUGCUUCUAAGCAUGCUCCUGCGUACGGUCUCAGACAUUAUGGCAAGCCUAGUAGCGGAGGCAUCAUGUUGGCGCUCUGUUAUCACCAGGAUUUGAUCGCGACGAAGGUUCAUAAAAUGGCGACUCGCGCAAGGGGAUGGAUAAUGCCG